CUCUGCGAGGCAGGCCGGCUCCGCCAUGGCGCUGCGGAGGGCUCUGGCGCUGGGCUGCCUGGCGCUGCUCGCCGCCUGGACUGGGCCCGGCGUCGGCGGGCAGAAGCGGAAGGAGAUGGUGCUUUCAGAAAAAGUGGGCCAGUUGAUGGAGUGGGCUGGCAAAAGAUCGGUUAUUCGACUAAAUGGUGACAAAUUUCGCCGUCUUGUGAAAGCGCCACCGAGAAACUACUCUGUGAUUGUUAUGUUCACCGCCCUUCAGCCUCACAGACAAUGUGUUGUGUGCAAGCAAGCUGAUGAAGAGUACCAGAUUCUGGCAAAUUCCUGGCGAUACUCGACCGCAUUCACCAACAGAGUCUUUUUUGCAAUGGUGGAUUUUGAUGAAGGUUCUGAUGUAUUUCAGAUGCUAAACAUGAAUUCAGCCCCAACGUUCAUUAACUUCCCACCAAAAGGGAAGCCAAAAAGAGGGGACACCUAUGAGCUGCAGGUGCGGGGAUUUGCUGCUGAACAACUUGCCCGCUGGGUAGCUGACCGGACCGAUGUCAAUAUCCGGGUGAUAAGGCCUCCGAACUACGCCGGACCCUUGAUGUUGGGGCUGCUGUUGGCUGUUAUUGGUGGUCUGGUAUACUUGAGAAGAAGCAACUUGGAUUUUUUGUAUAACAAAACUGGCUGGUCUUUUGUUGCAUUGUGUUUUGUUCUAGCAAUGACAUCAGGCCAAAUGUGGAAUCACAUCAGAGGACCCCCGUAUGCUCAUAAGAAUCCUCAUACUGGUCAAGUGAAUUAUAUCCACGGGAGCAGUCAAGCUCAGUUUGUUGCUGAAACUCACAUUGUUCUUUUGUUCAAUGCAGGUGUGACCCUUGGAAUGGUGCUCUUGCACGAAGCUGCUACCUCUGACAUGGAAGUGGGGAAGAGAAAAAUCAUGUGUGUGGCUGGCAUUGGCCUGGUGGUGUUGUUCUUCAGCUGGCUGCUCUCAAUAUUUAGAUCGAAGUACCAUGGCUAUCCCUACAGCUUCUUAAUGAGUUAAAGAAUGUGACCACUUGGCUGUUUACAAGGAGUGGAACUGAAGUGUUCAGUGUGUGUGGUUCAUGCUACCUCUCUUUGGAAUGAACAAGUUGGUUGCGCACCAAACCAAAGAUACCAAGUGCCUUGACAAAACAAGCAAUUUGCCCUGAUAGUUCUGGGGGAGUAUUAAGAUAACAUCAAUGCUCUGUUUACCUUUAAGGCCUAGUAUAAAUGAGAAUUUAGAAUCUGGGCUUUCUUUCUAAUUAGUUAAAAGCAAUUAAACUUGAGGCACAAUGCGAAGACCCCCCCCCCUUUUAGGCCAUACCCAUUUGCUUCCAUUUUGUUUGCAGCAGUGGGGGAUAAGGAUAUUAUCCCACCCACCCAAGCCACAGCUUUUUCCAUGACAUCACAGGGCAUUCCCCCAAGUUCCCCUGGUAUCUGAGUGUGGUUUGUAUUGCAGUGGCUGGGUGGGUCUCAAAGGUACAUGUGUAUUCUGCCAUGUACCCUUUUAGGCUGUCUUUAAUUUCUCAACAGGUCAUCUUCCCAGCAGCUGUUAGAACUUCUCUUAGCCAAAUAAUCUUUCCUGUUGCACCUUUUAAGCCCACAAGGAUGCCUCCUUCACACCUCUCAUGAUUCCAGUGCAAAUUAGGGAUGCUUCUACUUGGUUUCUGGGCUACAAUGUCUUCUUCAGGAAGAAAGUGGUGGGCGCUGAACGCCAUUGAAAGUGACAUUGGAACCAACUUGGAUGGCUUCUCUUAGAGUGUUCUUUUAAAAGGGAGGGAAAAGAUUUACACUGGCAGUCUACUCAAGAGAGCGCUUCCAGAAUGGCACUGCAAGCUCAGCUCUCAUGGCUCCCAAAAGUGCCCUAGGAAACAAAACUGUUUCAUGGGCCUGCAAUUACAGCAAAGUCUUCCUUCAUUAAGGGACUUCUGUGUAGUCUGUGGCUUAAUCAUUUGGCUUUGAAAAUGUAUGGCCUGGAACCAUGUUCCUCAUGUACAGUAGCACACCGAACACUCUGAUCUUCCAGUGAAGGUUGGUAUGGUCAGUUUUGAUGGUGCCAAUUACCUGUUUUGUGGGAGCAGGAAACAAAAGGUUCAGUUCCCACACCUCCAAAGUAAGCGACUGGUCCCAUUAAAGCUGAUUGUGCCGUCCUCCUAUUCAGUGUUGCACACAAGGGCCUGAUCCAGUAGACAGGCACCACGCUGACUGUUCUGUGAACUAGAUGCUGGAUUUAUUUUACCCCCAUAAUAUCCUUUUGGCAUUUGGGACUCAGUCUGCAUGGAAAUGUGAUUUUUGUUGGGGUUUUUUCAUGCUUUUGUUUGAUUGGGGCAAUGACUUUAAAGUUCAGAAUCUGCGCAUCUCACAUUCAGAAUCCAGACCAAGUAGCAAACCUGUUACUGCUGUGACUUUGAAUUGUGACUCUCCAUCUGUUUCUUUCUAAAUGCAAGGAAAUGUGUUUGAAGGAGGAGUGAAAAAGCUCCCGAUUUCUAUCUUAUUUUGAAUCGGGAGCCUGAUGAGAGAGGGCAUUUUCUGCUUUAGCUGUUUUCCCCCCUUUUGUUUUUGUUUUGCUCUGCUGAGAAUUGGGAUCCAAAAGACAUCUUGUCCUGCUCCCGUAAAAGGUGCUAUGCUGAGUUUUCAUAUUGGUGCCCAGAUGCAUUUGGGAAUUGUUAAGGAUUGUAGAAAUGGGAUUUAAUGCAGAAAGCCAGUUGCUUAGCUUGAUAACUCUUUCCUGAAGCCAGGGUGAUGGUAGGAGGGCAAGAACAAUAUAUUGUUUCUCCUCGGAAGGAGGGCAGAACGUUGCUCAUGAGAAUUAAGAACUAACUGCUGCUGCACUCAGCUAAGUGGUUUUCUCUUUACACAAGUUUGCUGUGUUUAAUUACACUUCAAGUGCCUUGAUGCUGUCUGUUUUUUGGUAUUGACUCCACAAAUGUUUCAAAAUAUGUUUUUAUACCAUGCAAAGCAUCCAGUUGUAGCAUGGACAAUGAAAUGACCAAUUUGGACUUUGGACUACUUUCAAUAAAUACUUUACAAACUUC